UUCUCGAUCCAAUCAAGAGCACAACUAAGACAGAAGCCAAGAGAAGUUAGAACACAAACUAGACAAUGGCCGGAGGAGGUGAUGAGCUGAAGCUGCUCGGCAUGUGGGCGAGCCCGUUCGUCAUGCGCGUGAAGCUCGCGCUCAGCUUCAAGGGCCUGAGCUACGAGUACAUCGAGGAGGACCUCGGCAACAAGAGCGACCUCCUCCUGAGCUCCAACCCCAUCAGCAAGAAGGUGCCCGUGCUCAUCCACAACGGCAAGCCCAUUUGCGAGUCGCAGAUGAUCGUGCAAUACAUCGACGAGGCCUUCAACGCCACCGGCCCCGCUCUUCUCCCCACCGACCCCUACGACCGCGCCAUGGCGCGCUUCUGGGCCGCCUUCAUUGACGACAAGUUCUUGGCCUCGUGGAUCCAGGCAGGCAGGGGCAAGACGGAGGCGGAGAAGGCGGAAGGGUUGAAACAGACGUUCGCGGCGAUAGUGACCUUGGAGGCGGCGUUCAAGGAGUGCUCCAAGGGGAAGCCCUUCUUCGGCGGCGAUAGCGUCGGGUACUUGGACGUCGCGCUCGGGGCCCUGGUCGCGUGGAUGCGCACCGCUGAGGUGCGUCAUGGUAUCAGGCUCUUUGAUGCCACCAGGAGCCCGCUCCUGGAGGCAUGGGUGGAGCGCUUCGGCGAGUUGGACGCAGCCAAGGCGGUCAUGCCGGACAUCAACAGGCUAGUAGAGCACGCCAAGAUCAGGGAGGCCCAGGUUGUAGCUGCGGCUGCAAGCAGCUGAACCAGCUUGGUGUCGAAACUCGAAACGACCCUUGGGUCGAACAAAAAUAUUGAAAUCUCUGUGUAAUACAGAUAUACAAUGUCGCCGGUUGUCACUUUAAUGUAUGUUGUUUGUGACCCAACUAAUUUUGAAUCAUCUCGUAACUUAUCUC